AUGAACGCGCAGUUGAUUGCUACCGUCUUUCUGGGCACAGUCCUGGUCUUUGUUGUCUUUGCAGGAUGCCUUAGGAACAUACUACUGCCAUCUCUUCGUCGAAAGCUGAGACAGCAAUCACUGCGCAGACUUGCCCGACCUGUAGUGGUAGGAUUUUUUCAUCCUUAUUGCAAUGCUGGUGGUGGCGGAGAGCGUGUACUGUGGGCAGCGAUACGCUCUACGCAUGCACAUUUCCCAGAGACUUUUUGUGUGGUAUUUACAGGGGAUGUCGAGUCCAACCAGGAUGCCAUCAUUUCUAGAGCUCGUGAUGCAUUUGGCAUCGAAGUGGACGCCUCUCGCCUACAUAUUGUUCAUCUCGACAAGCGCUAUCUGGUCUCCCCAGAAACUUGGCCUCGAUUUACGCUCAUCGGACAAUCACUCGGCUCUUUGCCGCUUGUGUAUGAGGCCCUCACCGAGCUUGCACCCGAUGUGUUCAUCGAUACAAUGGGUUACGCUUUCACAUACCCGCUUGUCAGUCAUUUGCUGGGCAUACCAGUUGCAACAUAUACGCACUAUCCGACAAUUUCUAGCGAUAUGCUCAACCAAGCGAAUACCAGCGGUCUUCGAUUGCUCUACUGGAAAGCAUUUGCCAGGCUUUAUGCUACAGUCGGUAGCUACGCGGACUUCGUGAUGGCAAAUUCUACCUGGACUCGCAAUCAUCUAGCAUCGCUCUGGCACUGUGAUGAAAGACUUUCUAUCGUUUAUCCUCCCUGUAACACGGCCACUCUCACUGCACUGCCGGUUAGCACAGCCCGCCAGAAGGCUAUUGUUUGCUUGGCGCAAUUUAGGCGUGAAAAGAACCACGAGAUGAUCCUCCGAGCAUUCAGCAAGUUUUUGCAGCUUACGAGUGACCACGGAGACAAGCGUCUUGUCUUUAUUGGGACUGUGCGCAACACCGCAGAUCGCACUUGGAUUGCCCAUCUCAAAAAGUUAGCCCGCGACUUGCGUAUAGAUGCGCAGGUUGAGUUCAAAGAAGAUGUGCCGUGGCCAGAGGUCGUUGAGACACUUGGGCAGGCUUACAUUGGCUGCAAUGCCAUGUGGAAUGAACACUUUGGGAUCGGUGUCGUCGAAUAUAUGGCUGCAGGUCUCAUAUGUGUCGUGCAUGAUUCUGCUGGACCGAAACUCGACAUUGUCACUCCCUUCGAUGGUGGCCCAACCGGCUUUCAUGCGACAGAUGAAGACUCGUUUGCAGAUGCAUUUUCGAAGGCGUUCAGUCUGCCAGAGGAGGCAUGCAUGCAGAUGCGACGCCGUGCUCAGCAGGCUGCAGGACGAUUUUCGGAGGACGUCUUUGACGGUGCGUGGCAGCAGUGCAUGUCUCGGAUUCUGCGCAUGGAAAGAAGACACAGAUUAGCAUAA